AUCAUCAUCCGUAGCGGCCACAGAUAACACAGUCUCCAGCAGUGUGAGAAGGUAUGACAUCAACGGUGUGACGGUUGAAUUCCCAUUCGAAGCCUACCCACCACAGUUGGCGUACAUGACUAAGGUUAUCGAGACUCUCCAAGCUGCUUACUCGGAUCCACCAAAAACAGGCUCGCCAGCUGUUCACAACGCUCUACUGGAGUCCCCGACAGGAACAGGGAAGACUCUCUGUCUUCUAUGUGCCACCCUAGCCUGGCGAAGGAGCCUCACUGAGGACAAGAUACCUUCGUCGUCUUCAUCUGCCAACGCUGCUUCCCUCCCAAUUGAGGAUGUUCCGCUAGAGACACAGCCAGAGAUAGCUCACGCCGUGGAAUUCGGUAUCAUCGGCCCACGGUGGCGUUCCAAGCAGCUGAUCGUCGAAGAGCAUCAGCGACAAUCCCGUCGGUCGCCGUCCCCGCCUUCUCGGAAGUCGCCAGUGGCGGUGCCGAAGAUUGUAUAUUCAUCGAGAACUCAUAGCCAACUGCGACAGGUGAUGCGAGAACUGAGAAGUACGAGCUACGCGAAGGAUUGUCAGCAUAUAACUUUGGCGUCGCGAGAGCAUUAUUGCGUUAACACCAGAAUCAGCGCCAUACAAGGGAGUCGGAAAACAGCCGCGUGCACUAGUCUCAUACUCAAGAAUGCCUGUCCAUACUACAAUCGGAUGUGGCAGAUGAACGAGACGCCCUCAAUGAUACCGCCGCCAGCUCUCGACGUCGAAGAACUGACAUCGCAUGCUAGGGGGAAAGGCUACUGUCCGUUUUACUACGCCAGAAAGGUGGCUCGCGAGGGGUCUAAUUUGGGAUGCAUGCUCGUCCCGUACAACUACCUAUUCGAUCUGUCAGCCUUGAAGGGAGCCUUAGGACCACAGGCCUUGGAAGGGGCGAUCGUCAUAGUGGACGAAGGACAUAACAUUGAAGCUGUCUGUGAGGAGUCUGCAAGUUUCGAGUGGGGCAACUUUGACAUUUUCGCAGCUGUGGAGGAAGUGGAUGAGGCGGCGUAUCGCUGCAAUAAUUCCCCAAAGAUUCUAGGCCUGAACGUUGAGCAUGCUCCCGAUGACAGCCCUUCGGCCGCGCCAGUGACGGAGGAUGACCUUCUGCUUCUCAAGGAGGACCUGAUGUCGUUGGAGGCUACACUAACGUCGGCUGAUAUCGUUACUGCAACGGAGGGAAGUGCGGUGCUAGACUUUUUCAAGCAGGCAGGGAUCACGGAUCAGACCGUGACGAGGAUCCGCUCAACACUUGAAGGCGCUAUAUCCCUCUUUCAUACAACAGCUCCGGAGGCUGACGCUGGUGGUCACUCGAACAAUAAUACACUAGGAGCUGCCUCUUCUGGAGCUUUCCUUGGAAGCUUUCUACGCAUCAUCGAUUUGGUGUUUGCGAAUGAUAUUGAGCUUCUUGACAAGGCAAGCCGGCGCACGUCUGUCCUUAAUAGGAACGGCCGUUUCAGGUGCUUCUCAGGAGGUGUAGCAGCCAGAAAACUGUUGGCAAGCGAGGGCAUCUUGUCACUCAUAGUCACAAGUGGCACACUCGCCCCCCUCACUGAGUUCAAGCGGGGACUACGCGGCGUGGACUUCCCUAUUAUGCUCGAGAACGAUCACAUCAUAAUAUGGGGUGGUAUCAUAUGUGCGGGGCCAACCAAUGUUAAACUAAACGGCAGCUUCAGAGCGAGGAACAGCCAUGAUUACUUGCAGGAGCUUGGCAAUGUCUUGGCGAAUGUUGCGCCUAAAGCUGGGGACGGUGUGUUGGUUGCCUUCAGCAGCUACGCACAGCUCAGGACUGCCAAGGACUUCUGGGACUCCCAUGAUAUCACCAACCGAUUCCAGCAAAGAGGACUGAGAAUCUUCGAAGAACCAAAUGACGCGACACGCCUUAGACCGGUUCUGGCUGAGUAUACGGCGGCUAUAGCUUCUAACUCCUGCAAUGGAGCGAUUCUCUGCGCAGUUUGCCGCGGUAAAGUUUGCGAAGGAGUUGACCUCACUGAUCGGCAAUGCCGCAUAGUCAUGGUCGUUGGAAUACCCUACCCAAUGUUCAAGGAUGAGAGGGUGCAGCUGAAAAUGCAGUAUUUGGAUACUGCAAGAGACAUCGAAGACAUUCAAAAAGGCGCACACGCUCCCCUCGGCCGUGCAUGGUAUAGCCUCGAGGCCAUGCGAGCUGUGAAUCAGGCUGUUGGGCGCAUCAUACGUCAUAAGAAUGAUUUUGGCGCGGUCCUGCUAUGCGAUGAGAGAUUCCAGAGCGAAGCCCAUCGGUUACCCGCCUGGCUCCGGCCCUAUGUGAAGACAUACCAAGCGUUCGGCCCUGCCAUAGGUUCUCUAACACAGUUUUUCAAUCAAAUUCCUGAAGCCCUGCAGGCAUCGGCUCGCCUCUGCAAGGAUUCGUACCUCGAGGCAGCGAUUAAUAGCAGCAAGGAUGCGAGCAAGUCCAGCAAGCUGGUUGGUCGGGUGGGAUCAACGUCGAUUUCGAAUCCCUCCAACGCCUCGAAGCACAACAGCCGAGAUGCUUACGGGGAGAACCUCAACGCCUUGACAAACCGGAUGCUCAAACAAGUGGCUGGUUCAACUGGCGGUCAAAAUACCAAGACGAAGAACGAUCAGUUCGUCACUCUACUGAAUAGGACUCUCUCCAAGGAGGAUAGUCGCGUCAUUACGGAGUGUACCAAGCUGAUAGUCACUGGAGGACAGUCGCUUAUCGAUGACCAGCUACGGAGCAUCCUGCGCAGAGUUUAUCGAAUUCUUUGGGGAACCGGUAGCCAAAGUCACAGGGAGUUGAUUGAACGUUUCGACGAUAUGGCAAGACGUGUGAAGAAGAAUCCACGAGUGCCGGUUCUAUGGCGACAAGUGAUGGAGGAGUCUAAUGCAUCGCAGCCAGCUGCAAAGAGGGCUAAGUUUGAUCCGACACAAGUCCAGCAGGUUCCCCGUUGAAUAC